CAGCAAUGGACUUGAUUGAUUGAAUGCACUCACACAUACCAACAUACAUGGGAUGACCACAUGAACACACGCCAGUCCGUCCUCAGACGCCAUCAUGUCGCCCAUGUCACUCGGGGACAAUUGACGAUGCACUGACACCACAUAUAUGCUCUUCCGCCCGCCGCUCCCAUCACUGUGUCCAACCAGUCAGCUAUCGACACAGAAACACAUCCAUGCACUAAGAAGGGGCUAUGCACAUGGCAGCCGCGCCAGGUCUAACGAUACACAUGGCCGCCAAGAGUCGUCACCCGACUGGCUCUCAUCGGCAGUCAGCCCAUAAUGCGCUGUUUCUAUCUGAUCGAUGCACUACUCGGCAACCGCGUGGGACGCGGCCUCCCUGCUCUCUCCCUCCCUCUCAGCACGCGCAAAACUCGAACGCCCGUGCAUUCUUAUCUAAGAAAGCAGCGCCGGACACCAUCUUGUUUAUCGGGUCACAAUCACAUAGCGAGACAGUGAUGGAGGUGGUGUGAGGGUAUAGGGUGCACUCGGAGAUGGCAGGCACCUCUGAGGAACCCAGUGCUUCCACACAGACCCUCUCUAGCUUGACAGUGGGGGGCAGCUGCGACAGGCAAAACGCUGCCACACCCAGGUUGGGCAACGAGGCCAGAUCUGUCGUGAGCCUGUCUAACGUGCCCAGCAACGUGCCCAGCAACGUGCCCAGGCCAUUGGGCCCCACAGGCAUCUCAUGACACACCCUCCGGAAGCCGUCGCCCAUGGUGAGGGUGAGAUGGGUGAUGUUGGGCAGGUGGCGAUUGCCACCAGUGGUGUCGCUCCUCGCGGCCAUCCACUGAGGCACACUCGAGAAGGCCGUGGACGACCCCAGCCUCUUCACCGAUAGCGUGGUGGCCGUUGUGGAAGACAGCAGGCCGGCCACGACUGGUGUAGAGGCUUCCCGCCACACUGGAGAGUGACCUGCAUUCAGACAGAAGGACAGGACACAAAAGGAGCAGGAAUGAAUGUUCGUCUUUUUGUCGCCUCGAUCGAUAUAUCUUGAUGCGCUGCUCACCUUAUCAGCCGUGCCGCUCGUCUUUCUUAUCAUUCUCGCCAUAAGGCAGUGGGUGCAGGAGGGCAAGUGAUGAGAUCUCUGGCACAGUCGACAGCCAGCUCAGUCGCCCUCCACUCGACCGUGCACUUGACGGAGCUCUGAUCUGCUUCAACAGCGGGACUUCAACAGCGGGACCAACUGACGCACAUUCGCCUUGUCAGC